AUGGCCAUUAUCUCUUCUCUUAGGCACUUCUUGUUCUUAGCUCUCCUGCUUGGCUAUGGUGUUUUUGAGCUUGAGGCUUCACAUCGUAUUUACGAGGAUCUUCAAAGUCUUGAACCGACUGGUAUUACUUCUACCACAAGACAACAACCUUAUAGGACUGGUUAUCACUUUCAACCAGCCAAGAAUUGGAUGAAUGAUCCUGAUGCACCAAUGAUAUACAAGGGAAUUUACCACUUCUUCUACCAAUACAAUCCUAAACGUACUGUGUGGGGCAACAUUGUCUGGGGCCACUCUGCAUCAACUGAUCUUGUCAAUUGGAUCCCACAUAAGAUUCCCAUCUACCCAUCCCAACCGUCCGAUAUCAACGGUGCAUGGUCCGGUUCAGCCACGAUUCUCCCCAACGGGAAACCAUACAUUCUCUACACUGGAAUCAACCCAAGAGAUGACCAAGUUCAAAAUCUGGUUGUGCCCAAGAACGCAUCUGACCCAUACCUUAGAGACUGGGUCAAAUCUCCAAAAAAUCCACUGAUGGCACCCACUGCUCAGAACCAAAUCAAUUCGAGCUCGUUUAGAGACCCAACCACUGCUUGGCUAGGGCAUGAUGGGAGAUGGAGAGUGAUCAUUGGAAGCAAAAUUCACCGUGAAGGAUUAGCCAUUCUUUAUAGAAGUAAAGAUUUUGUUCAUUGGACUAAAUCCCAACGUCCAUUACAUUCAGCCAAGGGCACAGGAAUGUGGGAGUGCCCUGAUUUUUUCCCAGUCUACAUUAAUAGUCAAAUCGGUGUUGACACGUUAGUUUUAGAUAAAAACGUUAAGUAUGUCCUUAAACUUAGCUUGGAUGAUACUAAGCACGAUUACUACACAAUUGGAACAUAUAACCAGACAAAGGAUGUUUAUACACCUGAUAAGGGAUCUGUAGAUGGCGAUUCAGGAUUAAGAUAUGAUUAUGGAAAAUUUUAUGCUUCCAAAACUUUCUUCGAUAGCGCUAAGAAUCGCAGGAUCUUGUGGGGUUGGAUCAAUGAAUCUUCAAGUGUUGAGGAUGACGUCAAGAAGGGCUGGUCUGGAGUUCAGGCAAUUCCCAGAUCUCUAUGGCUUGACAAAUCUGGCAAACAACUUGUGCAAUGGCCAAUAAAGGAAAUCGAAAAGCUUCGUGUGAAUCCGAUCAACUUGAGUAAUAAAGAGCUCAAGGGAGGGUCAGUGCUGGAAGUUCCUCACGUCACAGCCGAGCAGGCAGACAUCGAGAUUUCAUUUGAGGUAUCCAAGUUUGGAAAAGCAGAAGUACUAGACCCAAGGUGGACCAACCCACAAUUGCUUUGUAGCCAGAAGGGUGCUUCAGUUAGAGGCAGUCUAGGUCCUUUUGGGUUACUAGUUUUGGCUUCAAAAGGCAUGCAGGAGCGGACAGCAGUGUUCUUUAGAAUAUUCAAAGGCCACAACAAAUAUAUUGAUCGUUCCAUAGUGGAGAGCUUUGGUGGGGGAGGAAAGAGUUGCAUCACAGCAAGAGUUUAUCCAACAUUGGCUAUAAAUGGUGCUGCCCACUUGUAUGCUUUCAAUAAUGGAACUGAAAGUGUCAAGAUUGCAAGAUUGAGUGCUUGGAGCAUGAAGAAAGCUCAAAUAAGCUGA